AUGAUUAUGUUGAUAAAGGAAAAAAAAAAGGUUAUUUUUGUCGAUGAUGAAGAUGAUUGUCAUGAUAAUAGUGGGAAAAAGGAUGAUAAUACAAGUUUUGGAAGAAGUGAACGGAAAAAUGAUUAUGAUAAUGUUGAUGUUGGGGAAAAAAUACAUGAUUUUACUUUUUCCAAUAUGAAUGAUGUUGUUCCUUGUAGUGGCAUGUUGUUUGAUAAUUUAGAUGAGGUGGAAAGAUUUUAUCGGGAUUACGGGCGUAGGGUUGGAUUCGAGGUUAUCAUUAGAAAUACUCAUAGGCAUUCUAGAAGCAAUGAAGCUUGUUCACGUAUGUAUAUUUGCCGGCUAGGUGGGAGAGUAUGUUCAAGUUCGGCUAAUGUUGAUGAGGAAUUGAAUUUAAAAAGGACUCGUGAUACAAUUGAUCGGACAAAAUGUAAGGCUCGAAUUUCGGUUGUUCAUAGAGUGAAGACGGAUAAAUGGGAAAUAACCACAGUAGAGUUAGAACACAAUCAUCCAAUGGUUACCUCAGACAAAGUACAAUUCAUGCAAAGAUCGCGUAAUAUAGGUCCGGUUGCCCGAUCUUUAAUUGAGACGUUGAACAAAUCGGGAAUAGGACCCUCAAAAGUGUUGAAAGUGAUGGGGGAAGCUCUCGGUGGAUUAAAGAAUGUUGGUUUUACUAAUCAAGACAUACGUAAUGUUUUACGUAACAUUCGACGUCAAGUGUUUGAUGGUGGUGACGCAAUGUCCGGGUUGGCUUUGUUAGAGGAGUUAAAGGGGAAUAAUUUCGGGAAGUUUUUCUAUCGGUUUGAUAUGGAUGGCGAGAAUCGGGUUAAGGCUUUGGUGUGGGUUGACCCUCGAUCGGCAAAUGAAUACAAGAAUUUUGGUGAUGUGGUUACAUUCGACUCAACUUAUCGGACUAAUAGGUAUUGUAUGAUUAUAUAA